CACGCAUUAGGACUUUCUCCUUUCGCUUUCUCCGCGAACAAGAAUCUUGCCAUUCUCUCUCGCGAAGAGAAGCCUCGAAAAGCAAAGCUCAUCAGAAAUCGCAUUUAUUCUUCUUCCAUUAUCAUUGGUGUGGUCGUUCCUCGUAGGCUUUGGCUCGAAGGUCGCGUCCGGUCGAGCGUCGCCAUUCUGCCGUCUGCCUCCCGUGGACUCGGGCAAAGCCUCCUUUUAUUAGCACAGACCAAGCCCUAGACGGCACUUUCAUGAUUUUAUUCAGCUGGCACAAGGGACACAUAUCCCCCGGAAAUUGUAUAUUAUCAGUGGAGCCGUUGGGAGGCUUACUGACACAGUCUUGUAUGUGUGCACGCGCCUCAGACACUCCCCUUGAUAUUAGAAAUAGGCAGUUUUCUAGCAACCGGCAUCGUAAACUGCAACCAUUCAGGACUUCGUGACUUCAGCAAGCCACCCACCCAAAUUACGGACAUCAUCCUUUCGCUUACUGGCACUAGCUGUAUCGUGUGCUUUAUUUGGUUGUAGUAGCUGUUGUCCAUAUACGGACACCAAGAACCCACUUAUGCUGAACAAACACAAAAAGGAGAUACCAACUAAGAGACAAAGAACUUGGCAAGAAGCUCAUUACCCCAUGAGCAAUCAUCUCUCAAUACUCUGAAUGUGGCUCUCCUUUGCACCCCUCUGUCACUGCUGCAUACAAAAACUGCAGUGGAGUGAACAAGCCGCAUGAUAUCCCAGUGGCUGUCUUGACCCAGUGACUGGCUUGUCCAUUCCUUGUAUCACCACAUCACUUCCAUUCACUAAACAAGAUACUUCAAGUUGCUAAAAAAAAAAAAAAAAUUGCGGAAAUUUGUUCUUUGAAAAUCGUCAACAGGAACCGGCAAGAUGAGUUACAACGUCAACCGCAAUGUUAUGGAUGCCUUCUACCGGUACAAGAUGCCUAAGCUCAUGGCCAAGGUCGAGGGCAAAGGCAACGGCAUCAAAACGGUCAUUGUCAACAUGGUAGAUGUUGCAAAGGCUCUUGGACGUCCUCCUACCUACCCUUGCAAGUACUUCGGUUGUGAACUUGGAGCCCAAACUCAGUUUGACUACAAGAAUGACCGCUACAUCGUCAAUGGCUCUCAUGAUGCUGCAAAACUUCAGGAUCUUCUUGAUGGAUUUAUUAAAAGAUUUGUCCUUUGCCCUGAAUGUGAAAACCCUGAGACUGUCCUGUUCCCAAAUGAGAAGAAAGGCCACAUCAAACAAUCUUGUAAGGCCUGUGGAUAUCAAGGAAUGUUAGACAUGAGGCAUAAACUGACCACCUUCAUUGUCAAGAAUCCACCUGAAAUGAAGCCCAACCAACAGGGUACUUCGCUCACUAAAAGGAAGACUCACAGUAAGAAGGCUGAGAAUGGCCAUAAAAGUAGUCUGAGGCCAGGGUCUCCCCAUGCUGAUAAAUCAGAUGCUUCUGAUGCUGACUUGAAUGGUGAUGCUGAGGAAGAUGAUGAUGAAGACUGGGGAUUGGAUGUCAGUGAACAGGCUGUAAAGGCAAGACAAAAGACCUUGACUGCUGGAGUGAAAAAAAUGACUGUCUCAACCGAUAUUGAGAAGACCCAGAGUGAGCGUUUGGAAGUAUUCUUCGAGUACUGCAAGGGAAAGAAGGAAGCUGGUCUGUUGAAGCCAGGUGCAGAUGUGGCUGUGUUUAAGGACAUAGCAGCUGAAGCAGAGAGGUUGGACAUCAAAGAGAACAAGGCUGUUAUGGUUAUUGUAGAGCUGCUACUGGAUGACAACAUCAUUAAACAGAUCCCACAUUAUCGCAUUCUCUUGCUGCUUUUCACUCACGGCAACCCCAAGAGCCAGAAAUACUUCUUGGGUGCAGUUGAAAAACUAAUUGAAUUAAAGAAGGAACAACUCCUACCUAAAGUUCCAGUGAUAUUGAAGGCAAUGUAUGACCAUGAUGUUGUGGAAGAAGAGGUAUUGCUGGACUGGGGUAAGAAGACUUCAAAGAAGUAUGUAAGCAAGGAAGUUGCAGCUGAAAUCCAUGCAAAGGCCCAACCUUUCCUUAGAUGGCUGCAGGAGGCAGAGGAGGAGGAGACCACAGAAGAGGAAGAGGAGGAUGAUGUAGAGAUUGAGUAUGAUGACCGUGCAAGAGCCCAAUCUCUCAAAGAACAAGAGAGCAAGAAUUUAGGUGAAGCAAAGCCCAUUGUGGCUGAAGCACCCAAGAUUGUUGCUCCUGGUGAUGAUGAGGAAGAGGAAGAUGACGAGAGCGACUUGGAUAUUGAUAAUAUUUAAACCUGUAAAAGUAUAUGUAACCUACUCAUACCGGUACACAAGUUCACUGAAUAACAUAUACGGUUUGAAUUAUUCGGUACGUUUUUCCUUUGAAGAGGUGGUUCAACAUUCAUCAAUUUGGUAAUCUGUUGGUUUGUAAGGAAGAAAGCUGUUGGCCCAACUCAGUUGUGUUGAAUGGUCUUUGGCUACUUGAUACUUUAUAUUUCUCUUAUAGAUUGUUUCAAAGGAUUGCUAUAGAAAUCUGGAACCAUGAAACCAUGCUUUCCUCCAGUUGGUAAACUCGAAUCUUGUUCCUUCAGAUCUUCAGCUUGCCAAAUAUUUGAAAUGUUCCAGGAUUAUUAUUCUAGUAGGUAAAAUACCAUCUAUGAGUAUAGGAUUAGUAAAUAUUUAAUCCUUUGGUAAAGAAUUAGUUGCAUACUACCCUUACUUAAACAAUGUAAAAGGUGUGAUUUUAAAGUUUUCUUUAGAAAAUCGAAGUCAGAAAGUAAUAGCUGAAUGGGUUUUCCUUGUGGCAGAUAGAAGUGACCUUCUAGAUGGUUCCUCUUGAAAGAAAUCCUGGAUGUUGAGUGGGAAAGGGUCAAAUAAAAGACCUUUUUUAUAGUUAAAGAAAAAGCUUUAUCCAAGAUUUUGCUUAUGAUUUUUGAAAUGUUUUUUGUUGUAAAAAUUACUUUAGACUUUCAUCACACAAAGCUUAUAACCAUUAUCACAAGCCUGCAUGUAAGACUAGUGAUAGUAGGCAACCUGGAGACCAUAAGCUCUCGAUAUGACGUCUCUAACUCAUUCAAGUAUUUGGUGUUUGGGACUCUUGCAAUUAGUCUGCUUAAUACAGUUUAUAUUUUAGCUCUUGUCUUAGUGUUCACUAAAAUUUUUUAAAUAUUACAGCUUGUGGGUUCUUUAUAAUGUAAAUCAGUACAUAGGUGGAGUGAAAUUUGAUAUCGGUGUUCUAAAUUAUCUCAAAUUUUGCAAUACUAUAAACCUCCCAGUAAGUGUUGCGAUGGAUGAUAUCUGCUUGUGUGUAGAUUGGAGCAUCAGAGUUUUUCUUGUUUGCAAUUUUCACUUUAGAGUAAGAGAAAAUUCAUGAAAAUCUCGGGUCCUUCAGUUUAUGUACAUGUGGUGUGGCGGCUUCAUGUUUCUUUUCUUUUUUUUUUCUUUUUCUUUUUCUUUUUUCUUUUUUUUUCAACCAAGACUAGUAUAAGACUGUGAUGUUUAGUGAGGUAAGUAAGGGGGAAGUGUGAAAUGAUAUUUAGUCCCAUAUCCUUUUAAACUAGGAGGUGCAUUUCUGAAGUAUGAGGGUAAUUUGGUUGUAGUUAAUCCUUUAUUUUAUGGAUCAACUCCCCACUGCUUAUUUCAUGUGAUAGAAAGGGAAGUAUGGGAAGUCACUGAGAAGCUUAUGUAGAUGCACAAUCCAGGGGUUAAUCCAGUUACAAGUGAUUUCACUUGUGAAAAUAUUGAAAUGAACAUGGUGUUGAUGAUAUGGUAGACUUCCCAUGAACAUGGGUAAUGUAUGUAUUCAUAACUGAGGUAAAAAUGUUACAUGGAAAAGAAGUGUUUUUUUUCUUUGCUCAUUUAGUAUUGUUAGAUUUUAGUCUUGGCGAUUUCCAUUAAGGAUGUGUACAGCAGUUUGAAUGGUAUAUGGAUGAUACUAAAGUUCUCCACAUAAUGCCAUAUUAAUGUUGAAACCUAUAAAAUUUUAUUUUUUACAAAUAGAACUGAUUAAAUCUAUCAAAUUGCAAAGGUUGCAUUUUGUUUCCUCAGAACAGGAAAAGGAAAAUGUUUAAUUAUCCCAGAGAAUUGUCUGUAUUACGUGAUCUUGUGAUUGGGAUAAAAGGUAUUCAAAUAUUUUGUAAAAGUAAGGAAGGGACUGACCCAUGUCAAUGGAUUGAUUGUCACCCCCUCCCCUUAAUCUUUAUUUUAUUCAUUAUUCUUCUUCAAAGAUGUUAAUGUAUGGCUCUUUAAAUAAUUGUUGCAGCAUCCA